AUGACGAAACCAAAAUCCAAAAAACAAGCUUUAAUUGGGAACUUUUUCAAAAGAAAAUUCGAAGAAAUUAAUGAUAAUGAGUCAAGUCCGAAUGUUGGUAAUGAUAUCCAAGCAAAUGAUGAUGUUGAUGGCGAUGCAAGUCCGAAUGUUGAUAAUGAGAAUAUCCAAGCAAAUGAUGACGUUGAUGCAAGUCCGAAUGUUGAUAAUGAUAAUCCUACAACUUCAAUUCCAACAACACGAGGUAUUAUUGAUUUGAAUGAUCUUCCUUCGGAUCCACAUGAUAGGCCACCUAUUACUAGUUAUCACCCAAAUCAAAUAGAUGACAUAAGAAGGUCAUAUCUUGUUAAAGGGGCUUUUCAACCUCGUAGUCAUAAGUUUCCCGUUAAAGACUGUUAUGGAAAAAAAAGACGUUUUGUUGUUAGUUGGUAUAAUGAUUGUAGUUGGUUAGAGUAUAGCAUCAAAGCAGACAAAGUAUAUUGUUUAUAUUGUUACUUGUUUAAAGAAGAUGUUGGUAAUCAAGGCGGAAGAGAUACAUGGUCUUCUAGUUCUAAAGGCUUUUGUGAUUGGAGUAAAAAGGGGUUAUUAAAGGAACAUGUUGGGAAUGUUGAUAGUCAUCAUUUAAAGGCGGGACAAAAAUGUCAUAAUCUCAUGAAUCAAAAGAAACAUAUGGAUGAGAAUAUGAAGAAGUUGACUAAAGAAGAAAUGAUUGCAAACUAUUAUCGAUUACUUGGUUCCGUUAUGAGUGCUAGAUUUUGUUUAGAAAACUCUUUACCCUUUCGUGGCCAUAAUGAGUCGGAAGAAUCUAAUUCUCAAGGUAUGUUUCUUUCGGUGUUAAACUUGAUUAGUACUAACCACCCGGAAAUUGGAAAGUACACAUUAGGGAACGCAAAAAAGAACAAUAAACUGACAUCGCCAAAGAUUCAAAAGGAGAUUAUUGAAUGCUUUUCAAAGGAAGUAACAAAAAGCAUUUGUGCAGAAAUUAAAGAUGAUGUGUUUGGGUUGUUGGUAGAUGAAUCUAGUGAUGUUUCUUUAAAGGAGCAAAUGGCUGUAGUUGUUAGAUUUGUUGAUAAACUUGGGGCUGUUAGAGAGAGUUUAAUCGGAAUUGUUCAUGUGAAAGACACGACUUCUAUAACUCUUAAAGAAGCCAUUGAUGAUUUAUUAGCAAGCAACCAGUUAAGCAUAAAGCAAGUGAGAGGGCAAGGUUAUGAUGGUGCAAGCAACAUGCGGGGAGAAUUUAAUGGGUUAAAAGCGUUGAUUUUGAAAGAUAACCCGUCAGCACAUUACAUCCAUUCUUCUUGCAAACGAAAAGAUAUGUUAAGGGAGGAAAAAAAAGCUAGAGUGGAAAAAGAAUUACUUGAAGGUGAAAUUAAAACGGGUAAAGGAUUAAACCAAGAGGUUUCCCUAGCACGACCCGAUGAUACGCGAUGGGGUUCACAUCAUAGAACCAUCAUCAGUUUGCUUAGAUUGUUUCCGGAAGUUGUGACCGUACUCCAUUAUGUUAAAGAAGAUGGAGAUUGCAGUCAACAACGAACAAAUGCAAAAGGUAUUCUAUCGUAUUUUAAAAAACUCGAGUUUGUUUUUUAUAUGCAUUUGAUGGGAGAUAUAUUAAGUUACACAAAUGCUCUUUCAAAACACCUUCAACAAAAAGGUAAAGAUUUAUUAGAAGCGGCCAACUUGAUAAAUGGUACAAAACGAGCAUUAAAUGCUUUAAGACAAAAUGGGUUUGAGCCGAUGCUGGAAAAAGUGACUUCCUUUUGUAAAAAAUACAACAUUACAAUGUUGGACAUGUCGGAAAGUUAUGGUAACCCAAGAAACCGAAAGAAUGUCAUUACAAAUCGACAUCAUUUUGAGGUUGACAUUUUUAAUGAGGUUUUAGACAUGCAAAUUCAAGAAUUAGGAAGUCGAUUUAGUGAGGUAACAACUACUUUGAUAAAAAAUAUGUCGGGUUUAAAUCCUUCUAACGGUUUUUCUAAGUUUGACCCAUCGAAGAUAUUGGCGUUUGCUAAGAUGUACUCGGAUGAUUUUACUACACAAGAAAUAGGGACUCUUUUGGGUGAUAUUGAGUCAUUUCGUCACACAAUAAGCGAUGAUGAUAACUUUGACAACUUGAAUGGAAUAAGUGAUCUUGCGCGUCUUAUGGUUGAAACGGGAAUGCAUAUUUCUUGUCCUAUAGUUUAUCGGGCCACCACCGCCCAUAGCACCAUAACUGCCAUCACAUCACCACCGCCCAUAGCUCCUCCGUCAUUGCACCACCGCCAUAGCACCACCGCCAUCACAUCACCACCGCCCACAUCUCCUCCGCCAUCGCACCACCACCGCACCACCACCGCCAUCACAUCACCACCUCGUCGUUGUUCCACAGCUCUGCCGUCAUCGAAACCCUAA